AAUUAUUCAAAAAAAGGUUUGCAUCAAAAACAAAUGAGAUGGUUGAUAUCUAUUUAAAUCUAAUUUAUAAAGAAGUUGAAGAUGAUGAGAAAGAAAGUGAUAAAUCUGAAAAAGAAAUUCCUGCUACCAGAACUUAUAAAUAA